AUGACUUCAGUUAGAAGGAGAAAGAUGGCUAGAUCUUCUGUAACGAAGAAUACUAGAAGAGUCAAAGACAAACAAAGAAACAUUAAGAUUUAUUCUAAUCCAAUUAUUGAAGCAAAUUGGGAUCAUUCAUUAACUUUACAACAAAAUUAUAAAAGAUUAGGAUUAACUGCUAAACUUGGACAUAUUGCUGGAGGUCAAGAAAGAAAAGUAGUUAAAUGGAGUGAAACUGUUGGUAGUGCCAAACCUUUGAAAGCAGCUGAAGAAACUGAAGAUCCUACUAAAAUUCCUGAAGGGGAAGCUAGAAUCGUUAGAGAUGAUAAGGGUGAAGUAUUAAGAGUUAUCUAUGGUACUAUGAAAAAUCAAGAUGAUGAAGUUACUGAACAAAAAUCAGAAGUCAUUAAUGCUUUAGAACAACAAGCUAUAAAGAAUGCCAGUAUUGUUAAAGAAAGACAUCAAUCUGAUAGAGAAUCAGAUUGGUUAAGAUUAUUGUAUGAAAAAUUCGGUGAUGAUUAUGAAAAGAUGAAAUGGGAUAAAUUAAAUAUCUAUCAACAAAGUCCGGGAGAUUUGAAAAGACGUAUCAAUAAAUGGAAGAAAUCAAAUUUAGUUUAG